AUGCAAAACCAAUGUGCUAGCCGAGAUACUACUUCUUUAGGGAAGUUUAGGAAAUUCUUCAAGCGAUUAUAUCGAAAACAACCAAAGUCUACUUGUCAAGCAUCAGGAUGUAGCAAUCCUUGCUCCAAAAAUGACAAGUUUUGUGGUGUUAAUUGCAAAUCCAACCUUUUACCAACUUUACCAAACACUGAAACUUCUACAAUAAAAUUACCAACUCCAGUAAUAACUAUAUCGGCGGCACAGACUGAUUCCCCAGCUACAUCAUCUGUCUUUACUCGUAUUUUAAAACAUAAAAAAUCAACAGAAAGUGAAUUGCCAGAUGACGAUGAUAAUCUUUCAUCUAAUAGCAAAGAUAACUCAAGAAAAUCUACAAAAUGGACAUUCCUUGCUCCCAAAACGGCAACAAAUUCACAAAGCUCUAUUUCUAGUAGAGCAUCCAGUGAUCUUAAUGAUUCAGCGUAUGAAUCAGCCGGAAACGAGGAUUACGAAAAUGUCAAAAAAAUGUUUCAAGUUGGACUUCCUAAAAACAAUGUUCUUGGAAUAUUUCAGUUACAAAUGCCUAUUAAACUUUUAAAUGAUCAUGAAGCAUAUAAAAAAAAAAUUGCUAAUAACACAAACCGCUCAAAAGAUGGAAUAACGCAUAAAAUGUUUCAUGGUACAAAACAUGCUGAUAAUUGUGAUCCUCAACGUUUUAUCAAUAAUCGGAAGGCUAAAUUCUGCAAAUCAGGUUGCGGAUUUUGUGGGAUUGCACAAGAAGGAAAUCAAUCCAAAUUUUCUAAUUAUAAUGGCAAAAUGUGGUUUGCCAACAAUUCUAUUACUUCAUUGGGUUAUUGUGGAACUCCUAAUGUAAAGACUAUGUUCGUCGUUGAUGUAAUUGCUGAAAAAUAUCAGGGAAUACUAAUAGUUAGUAAUAACGCG